AUGAGGACCUUCAGCCUCGCCGCCGUCGCAGCCUUGCUGGCCAGCGCCAGCGCGGGCACCGUCAUCUGGGAUGGGCGCUUCAACGACCUCUCGUCGGCCACAGACCUGAACAACUGGUCCUGGUCGAACCAGGCCGGGCCGUACCAGUACUACAUCCACGGCUCGGGCCCCGUCACGGAAUACGUCAACCUGUCGCCGUCGUACAAGAACCCGGCCGACGCGGCGUCCAAGCAGGGGGCCAAGAUCACGCUGACCAACACGGCGUACUGGAACGGCCAGAACAUGCGCCGCACGGAGCUCAUCCCGCAGACGACGGCGGGCAUCAACCAGGGCAAGGUCUGGUACCACUUCUCCAUGAUGACCAGCGGCACCAACUACCCGUCCGUCUACCGCGAGCACCAGAUCAACUUCUUCGAGAGCCACUUCACCGAGAUGAAGUCGGGCUGGAUCUCAGGCGAGGCCGCCACGAGCAACCCAAACCUCCAGUGGAUGGUCGGCGGCGUGAGCAAGUGGUCCACAAACUUUACCGCUGGCGUCUGGCACAAUGUGGCCUACGAGAUCGACUUCAGCGCCAACACGGUCGGCUUCUGGCACUCGACCGGCUCCGACCCCCUGAAGCUGACCGUGUCCCCCGUCAGCGCCAGCACGAGCAGCAACGGCGCCGACUGGCACCUGGGCGUCCUCGAGCUCCCCAGGAGCGGGUACUCGGACAGCAACGAGGACUUUUACUUCUCCGGCGUGUACGUCGAGUCCGGCAGCCUGACGACCACGAUCGGAUCCGGAGGUGAGCUCAUCGGGAGGUGGCUCCUCCUCCUCAUCCUCGGCCGCUCCGUCCAGCACCGCUACGACCUCGGCCGCUUCGACCACCUCCAAGGCGCCGGCCACCAGCACGACUUCAUCCGCGUCCGCGACGGCCACGGCGCCUGGUGGCUGCUCCGCUGCGAAGUGGGCCCAGUGCGGAGGCACCAACUGGACCGGCUGCACCGUCUGUGCCUCGGGAAGCACUUGCACCAAGUCGAACGAGUAUUACUCCCAGUGUCUGUAGACGGAAGGCGGUAG